AUGGUAGAGGCUAAAGAGAACGUACCUGAAAAAGUUACUUUAUGCAACACUGAGCUGAAACCAUGGCCACAAUAUAUUCAAGACCGAAUGGAUUUAUGGGACAAGUUGAUGGUUCAAUACAAGCAAGACAUUGCUAAUAAGGAAACCAAGCCUAUCAAGAUUACCUUACCCGAUGGUAAACAAUUUGACGGUGAGUCCUGGAGAACAACCCCCUUUGAGAUAGCCGAAAAGAUCUCCAAGGGACUAGCCGAGAACGCUGUCAUCGCUAAAGUUGAUGGAGCGGUUUGGGACCUCGAUCGUCCUUUCGAAAAUGAUGCCACUCUUCACCUUCUGAAGUUUGAUGAUGAUGAAGCCAAACAAGUUUUCUGGCAUAGUUCUGCUCACGUUAUGGGUGAGGCUAUGGAAAGAUAUUCCGGUGGCCAUCUCUGUUACGGACCCCCUAUCGAAGAAGGUUUUUAUUACGAUAUGUGGCACGAGAACCGUACCGUUUCUCAAGAAGAUUUUCCUAAGAUCGAGGAGAUCGUAAAGUGCGCCGUGAAGGACAAGCAAAAGUUCGAACGUCUCGAAGUUUCCAAGGAAAACCUCUUGGAGAUGUUCAAAUACAAUGAAUUUAAGGUCAGAAUCCUUAAUGAGAAAGUCAAAACUCCAACUACCACUGUUUAUCGUUGUGGUCCAUUGAUUGACUUGUGCCGUGGACCCCACGUUAGACAUACUGGAAAAAUCAAAGCUUUGGCUAUCACUAAGUCCUCCUCAUCUUAUUGGGAGGGAAACUGCGAAGCUGAGACUUUACAAAGAGUUUACGGAAUUUCUUUCCCUGACAGCAAGCAGUUGAAGGAAUGGCAGAAACUUCAAGAAGAAGCUGCCAAACGUGAUCACAGAAAGAUUGGAAAGGAACAAGAUCUCUUCUUCUUCAACCCUCUAUCCCCUGGAUCUGCUUUCUGGUAUCCUAAGGGAGCCCAUAUUUACAAUCAACUCGUCAACUUCAUCAAGAAACAAUACAGAAAGAGAGGAUUUUCCGAGGUCAUCACUCCCAACAUGUACAACAGUAAACUGUGGGAAACUUCUGGUCAUUGGCAGCACUACUCUGACGAUAUGUUCAAGUUUGAAAUCGAGAAGGAAACCUUCGGAUUGAAACCCAUGAACUGUCCAGGACAUUGCUUAAUGUUCGAUCACCAACCACGUACCCAUAACGAUCUUCCUUUCCGUUUCGCUGAUUUCGGUGUUUUACACAGAAAUGAAAUGUCUGGAGCUUUAACCGGAUUGACUCGUGUUCGUCGAUUCCAGCAAGAUGAUGCUCAUAUUUUCUGUCGCAAAGACCAAAUUAAGGACGAAAUCAAUCAAUGCAUUGAUUUCUUGCAAUAUGUGUAUGAAACUGUAUUUGGCUUCACUUUCAAGCUUAACUUGUCUACAAGACCAGAAACAUUCCUAGGAGAUAUUGAGACCUGGAAUGCUGCUGAAGAGGGAUUGAAGGAAAGUCUUGACGCUUCAGGAAGACCAUGGAAGUUAAACCCUGGAGAUGGUGCUUUCUAUGGACCUAAAAUUGAUAUCACUAUUCAAGAUGCAUUGAAGAGAAACUACCAAUGCGCUACUAUUCAGUUAGACUUCCAGCUUCCAGAAAGAUUCAAUCUUACUUACUUUGACGAGAAGGGAGAGAAACAUAGACCUGUCAUGAUUCAUCGUGCUGUGUUAGGUUCAGUUGAAAGAAUGACUGCAAUCCUUACCGAGUCCUGCGGAGGAAAGUGGCCAUUCUGGCUCUCACCUCGACAAGUGAAAAUCAUCACGGUUCACGAGAGCAUCAGAGAUUAUGCUCGCGAAACUCGUGAUAAGUUAUUCAAUGCUGGAUUUGAGGUUGAAUACGAUGAGGAAUGUGCCGACACCAUGAACAAGCAGAUUAGAAACGCCCAGCUUGCACAAUUCAAUUUCAUUCUCGUUCUCGGUCAAAAGGAGAAGGAUAACGGAACUGUCAAUGUUAGAACAAGAGAUAAUGCCGUUCGUGGCGAAGUUAAAGUUGACGACUUGCUUGUUAAAUUCCGCCGAUUCUGUGACGAAUACACAAAGGAUGCAGAAGGAGCUGAUGAGUUUGCAGCUUAA